AAAAAAGGAAACAACUUUAUUCUUCUUCUUCUUCUUCAAUUCCUCCCUGAAAUUAGGGUUUCUUUUUGUUUUGUAAUGUGAAUUGUAAGAACCUUAACAAAAAAUGGUAAAUUCCGAAGAAAUGGAAGAUGGGUUUGACCCAAAACCUGUUUCUCGACCUUCCUCCGGUGACUCAUCUGCUGGUCGAUCUCUCUCUGAUCUUAAUCACGCGGCGGAGGAGGACUUGAGUGACCGGUUUAAGAAUGUGGGUUUGAAGGAAGUUAGGAAAGAGCAGAGUGAGACGAUGAUGAGCGUCUCCGAGGGAAAUGGAGGUUUAGAUUCGAAUGCAGUAGUCACCAACCAGGAACAAGAAGAAGAUGGAGAUGGCUAUGGUUGUGUUUACGGUGAUGGUGAUGGUUGGAGUGAGAACGAGAGUGAGGAGAACGAAGCUGUGUAUCCAGUGAGGCCAGGAGCAGAGGAUUGCUCGUUUUAUAUGAGAACAGGGAGCUGCAAAUUCGGAUCGAGUUGCAAAUUCAAUCAUCCUCUUUCGAGAAAAAUCCAAAUUGCUAGGGAUAAUAAAGUAAGGGAAAAGGAAGAGGAUGGUGAUAAACUGAGACUAAUAGAUUGCAAGUAUUACUUUCGGACUGGAGGUUGCAAAUAUGGAGAAAGUUGUAGAUUCAACCAUACCAAAUCAAAGUCUUGUCUGGCCUCAGUACCCGAGCUUAACUUCCUCGGCCUUCCUAUCAGACUGGGAGAAGUAGAAUGCCCAUACUACAUGCGCAAUGGCUCCUGCAAAUUUGGAGCUGAGUGCAAAUUUAAUCAUCCUGAUCCUACAACCAUAGGAGGAACCGACUCCCCAUCAUUUCACAGUAAUAAUGGUGUAUCCGCUGGAUCUUUUUCUCCAAAGUCCACAUUCCAAGCAAGUUCAGCUUCUUGGUCUUCACCGAGGCAUGCAAAUGGUUCUACGCCUUUUAUUCCAGUCAUGCUGUCACAAACUCAUGGAGUUCCAUCUCAAACUCCGGAGUGGAAUGGCUAUCAGGUAGCUUCUGUGUAUUCAUCAGAAAGGGGUGUGUUUUCUUCCUCCAACAUAAGUAUGUUAUCACAAUACCAUCAUCAAAUGCCUGCCGAAGAAUUUCCAGAGCGUCCUGACCAACCUGAGUGCAGUUAUUAUAUUAAGACCGGGGACUGUAAGUUCAAAUUCAAUUGCAAAUACCAUCAUCCUAAAAAUCGAUUGCCGAAACUGCCUCCUUAUGCUCUCAAUGACAAGGGAUUACCCCUUAGACCUGAUCAAAACAUCUGCACUCACUACAGCCGGUAUGGCAUUUGCAAAUUCGGACCAGCUUGUAGAUUCGACCAUUCUGCCCAGCUGCCUUAUCCGACAGGAAACUCCCAGACCAUUGUAGAACCUUCUCAGGUCGGUGCAAAUGGGGAUGAAACUGACGGUUGGAAUUGACAACCAAACUUUCAGGAACUUAUAUAAUUGACACCUUUUGUCUCUAUCAUGGGUUUGAAAUUUCAUAACAAAACGUUUAGGUAAAUUAUACAAUCCAAACAGUAUCUAUGUCGCAAGCCUAUCCUCAAUGCGUUUGACAAGUUUUUACCAAGGAGCUUUGAAAUCUGUAACUACCCUUUGACUCUUGAGGUUAAAUGGAGCCUGCUUGUUACUUUCAUUGGUUGUUUACUUGUUUGAAUGAAACCUAAUUUCUAAAUUUAA